UUUUUUUUUAUUUUUAUUUUUAAGGAAUACUAAUAGCAGAUGACCAGACUCUUCAGCGUUGGCAAGUUUGGCUGUUACAGUGAAAACUGGUUUCUGGGUCGAAAGAAAACCACCUCCGGCGCUUAGAAUGACAGGAACAGUGGUGGUUUUUGACUUCGACCGGACCCUGAUCGACGAUGACACCGAUCGAUGGGUGGUGACGGAGAUGGGUCUCACCCAGCUCUUCAAUGAGCUUCGUCGCUCUACCAUGACAUGGAACUCACUCAUGGAUAGAAUGAUGAUGGAGCUUCAUUUGCAAGGAAAGACCUCUGAGGACAUUAAAGAGUGCCUCAAAAGAACUCCAAUGCAUCCACAAGUAGCUGCGGCUAUUAAGUCAGCUCAUGCUUCAGGAUGUGACUUGAAGAUAAUUAGUGAUGCAAAUCAGUUUUUCAUUGAGUCAAUCUUGGAAUGCCAUGGCCUGUUGGGAUGCUUCUCACAGAUCAUCACAAACCCAACGUCUGUAGAUAGAGAUGGAAGACUGAGAAUCUUUCCUUACCAUGAUCCAGUCUCAUCUUCUCAUGGUUGCGAUCUUUGCCCUUCAAAUAUGUGCAAGGGUCAGGUGAUUGAUCAAUUUUUAGCUUCUGCUUCUGAAAAUGGGAGGAAGAGAUACAUCUACCUUGGAGAUGGGAGAAACGAUUUUUGCCCAACUCUGAAACUAGUAGAGGGAGACCAUGUAAUGCCAAGGAAGGACUAUCCUCUAUGGGAUCGCAUUUGCAGCAACCGAAUGCUUAUCAAGGCUGAUAUCCAUAAAUGGAGUGAUAGAGAGGAGCUUGCUAAGAUACUACUUCAGCUUAUCCAGUAAACCUCUAUUGAAGAAAUCAGGUGCUGUGACUCCAAUAAGUAGAACUCAUCUGACCACAAAUGUCCAGCUAUGCCCGAUGAAUCAUAUUGUCAAACUCUCAAGUCUCAAGCCUCAAGAAAACUUGAGGGCCAUUGAUGCUUUAACCGUGUAGCUUAUAAUCAAACUACAAGGUGGCAGUGGAGAACCUACAAUUUUCCAGCCUCUGCCCAAGUUAGGAGCUCUUAAAUUAGGUGUUGUUUGGACAAGUCUUUGUUCAAUUCAGUAACUGUCAAUCUGUCAUCGUUUGCUCUUUGGUAACUGUCAUUGUGUGUUGAAUCAAUUGAUCUGAUUUGACAGAAGUAUAUUCUCUGACAACACAUUUUCGACACUACUUGGAUUUCUAA